GGGCCAUUGCUCGGCGCUCUCCACCUGACCACUCUCAUCUCCGCUCAUCAUGAAAGUCGCUUGUUUCUGCUUCCUGUUGGCGCUGGCGUGCUCGGGCGCCGUGGCCGUCCCGACGCCUGACGAGUGCGCCCCUCUGAUCCACCCGCAGUCUCUGGAUGACCACUCGAAGCUGAUCGGCACAAAGAAGUUUAUCUCCGGCUUCACCGACCACCCCGCCUUCAAUGCCAUCCUGAAAAUCACCGACAGCACACGCAUCACCAUCAGCGACGACGAGCAUCACGACAAAAAUCUGGGCUUCUACGAGGAGAUGCUAUUGAAUGGCACCUGCUACGGCACCAGGAUCAACAUGUCCAUUGGCGACCACGUAAUACAUGCCAAAAUGCUGAACUUCUCGUCGACCAUUGAAAUGCUGCCCACGUGCGACGGCUGCCUAGUGAUGAACAUCAAUAGCUCGGCUCACGACCUCAAGACCUUCAUGGAGGAGCACGGGCUCCACGUGGACAACCUUAACAACGACGAAAUCCACGUCCACGCACUUUACCUGUUUGCGGCCGACGAGAACACGGUGAAGGACGCCGAACUGGAACACUUCAAGAAGCAGGCCGCGUGCUUGCACCUUUCCGGAGAACCCGUCUUCAAAUUCGACCCCAAGAAAGAAUCCUGUGACGGCCACAAAGUAGUCAUGCUCAACUGAAGCCUUGAAUAAAGAAAGCUAAGAGUGAAAACGUGGCCUCCUGUGCUUUUUCCCAAAAGCAUCUUAAAGGGACGGACAACAGCAUCAACAUGCCAAUCCUGCCAAAAAUCCUCUUUAAAUAAAAAAUAAAAAAAAAAUUAAAAAAACAA